UUUUUUUUUUUUUUUUUUUUUUUGGCUUUUUCAGGUUGUGAUACUUCUCUUCGUCGUUCUUUCACCCCUGCAUCACCGCUUCUAAGCUCCCACCAUUUCAAAACCGCUGGAACUAUUUAAGCCUCCAAGCUUUCGUUCAGGCCAAUAAACUACCACCACGACUUUUUCUCCCAGAAGGGCUAGAAACCCUCAGUGCCAUUAUAUCUACUCCGUACUCGUGCUUGAACCUUUUAGUAACCAACGGGGUAGCCAUGGACGAAGGGGGCGCUAGUACAGCACCUGGCUCCCCUCAGUCGCGGUCCUCGAGCCUUCCAGAGCAGCAGAAUGACACCUCGAUUCAGUCGAACGCCGAGACGGAAAACUCAGCCGAAACAGCUGAGAUGGAUGGAGAUGUGGACAUGGACGAUGCCGAGGACGACGAUUCCAGACUCCAGAGCGAUAUAAAAGCGCAGGUUGAGGCUGAACCAGACCCCCAGCCUUCGCAAUCCGUUGAGCCUUCGUCACUUCCGCAGCCGACAAGUAAUACCGACUCAGCAACGUCCCCCGAACAUCCCUCUGAGCAAGUUAUACCUCCCGCGCCUGCGGGCCCAGCUUAUUACAGCCUCUUCAGCAACCCGCCCAACCUCGGGUGGAUCAGGCAGGUUCUCUUUGAGCUUAAGGAUGCCGUGGAAAUGAGCGUGGAGGAGUUCCACACGUACUGGCCGUUUAUAGAUAACGUUUGGGUGAAGCAGAGGUCAAACUCAACCAAGGACGGUCUUACGACUACCGAUUACUACAUGUGCCGACUACGGAGGGCGACUUGCAGACCGAACCCGUCAAGACCGCUGCCUGAGGGAAAGAGGGCGAGGAAGAAGAUGGUCAGGCAAGGGAAUCAGUGCAACGUACAAAUUAAGGUGGUGAAGUUUGACGGCGCUUAUUCUGCUGUUACGAUAACAAGGACGCCGGGUAGCAGUCGGACGCAUUCGCAUGAUCUGGAUCACAUUGAUAAGGUGAAGAGGAAUUCGGGCCUGAUAGAGUUUUGCAGGAAGGAAGCUGAGAAGGGCUACUUGCCAUCGUCUAUAUUUGCAAAGUUACGCGAGGAGCCGGAUAAACUGAUGGCUGCCGGUGGGAAAUUCUUCAGCGUCACCGAUGCCCGCAACGUCUCUGCUAAGUGGCGCGCUUUACAUCCCGAUGUCAAAUUGAGGGAACAUGAAGGUUAUCAUUAUCAGCAGGGCUAUGGUAUCAUGCGCAUUCAAGGCCCCGUACUGGAGCAUCGUAAUGGAAUGAUGCAACACGAGCCGCAAAACUCUCGUUACGAAAUUCCUCCCGAUGCGCUAAGGUUUCCUAGUUAUUCUUUGGAAUUUCUCCAGCCAUAUCUCCCCAGUUACGAGGAGGGUCGACAGUUCCCCUUCGUCACCCUAACGUAUGCAUCUUCCAUGGAUGCUAAGGUGUCUCUUUUCCCCGGCAUACAAACAGCCUUGUCUGGGCCUGAAACGAAGGUCAUGACUCACUAUCUGCGCUCGCGACAUGAUGCUAUCUUAAUUGGGGUUGGAACUGCCAUAGCAGACAACCCUGGCCUAAAUUGCCGGCUGGCGGGCGCAGGCGGCUUUGGGGGAUUAGGCAAAAUGUGGCAACCUAGACCAAUUAUCGUGGACCCAACUGGAAGAUGGCCAGCGGACCCGGAAUGCAGGCUUUUAAAAACUGCCAAGGCGGGGAAGGGCAAGGCGCCGUGGGUCAUCGUCUCUCCUGGAGCAAACAUCCAGCCGGCAAAAGUCCUGACACUCAAGAAUCACGGAGGCGACUACCUACGCAUUGUGGAAUAUAAUCAAAGCUGGCGACUUAGAUGGGAAGCUAUUCUAAGGGCCCUGGGAACCGAGGGAGUCACCAGUGUCAUGAUUGAAGGUGGCGCAACUGUGAUUAGUGAACUACUGAAUCCUGAAUACGUUGACUUUGUCGAUUCGCUUAUAAUUACGCUUGCUCCUACGUUUUUAGGCCGGGGUGGUGUUGGGGUCAGUCCAGACGCGAAAAAAGAUAAUACGGGCAAACCGAUCAGUGCUCUUAAUCCGUAUGAUAUUAAAUGGCAGCCACUAGGUCAGGAUGUUGUUAUGUGCGGCAAGAUACGCGCUCCUCCCCCGCGUAUUGUUUCCGGCAUCGAAGCUGUUGCUCAGGGAAAUGCCCAAGAACAUGCGCAAAAUAACUCGCAGGAAGGUAGUCAAGCAAGAAACAAAGAAAGCGCACAGGGAACUGCUGGGAAUUCUCAAGAAAAUUCGUGAUUCACUUCCGGAUGUUAAUAGGAUUUUUUAAAAUAUUGCCAGGGUGUUUGGUGGGCUAUAUAUAUACAUAUAUGCAUGAAAUGUCUCCGUCAGACAUGACUGGUUUAUUUCAACACACAGUAUACUAUUGGGUAUGGGUAGAUUUCCACUUACCUUGCAACUCCACCUGGAACGUUGCACAUUUCACUCGAGACGAGAAACGACCAUCUAUUCUGCCUCUCGCACUCCUCAGCCAGCUUAUCAAGGUCGAAUAACUCUCCGAUAGGACAUCCCCAGCCUGCGAGGAGCACCCCAUGCAUGCUCCAGUCUUUCGGUGGAGCUGAUGGGACCGAAAGAUUUCAUUGGAUUAGUGCCAAUUGGCUGCAACAUGAGCACAUUUCCACAAUAGAGAUCUGCGAUCUGAGAGGAGAAAGGGGUGGAGGGGGCUCACGAUAUGCUUCAAAAGCUAGAUGAUCGCCUGCUACUGCGGAGAAGUUCUCCCAUAUCCAUUCAAGCACCUCCUCGCUGCGUUCUACCCCUAUUAAAUUGGACGGGUUUUGUUUGGCCAGCUUUUCCAGUUCAUCCAUUGAUAGCUGGUUAAAUGCCUUCAUAUAUCCUAGCGUCAUAAACCGAUAAAGCAUAGGAGGGAAAUGGAGAGAAGAGGAAAGCAUUGUCCUACCAACUCGGAUGAUAAGACUCCACGGCCUACGAUUCCUCUCUCUGCCUAGGCUGUCACGGCCCAAGGAAGAAAAAAAUAGAAAUAAGACCGUCAGAUUAUGCGUAACUCGCAAAGAUUUUUCUCGUCGCAUCAUAUGUAUGCUGAAUUCCGUUGACGGUACUGUCCUUCGAUCUGUGAAUGUCUUCCAUUGUCACGCCGUUAUAGAACCUCUUUUCUUUCUGGUAGCCGAAAUGACGGAGUCCAUCCCCUACACGAGAAGAAGAAUUAGACGGGCCUCGAUUAGCUAUAUUCCUCUUUAUCCGAGCUGCAGCCACACACUGGACAGCUCUGGGAAGAAAGGGGGAAAACUUUCACCGGCUACUACUUUGCGUGUUAAACGUCCAGAAAUCAUCAUUCACUGUCCGAGGCGAUUUGUCGAUGAUCUGCUUGUGGAACACCUGCCGGCUGAAGAAGUGAACUUUGCUUUGGGCGUCCAGCGGCCAGUUUAGCGACACUCUUUGAAAUUAUAAUUAGCUCUCUGUCUUUCAACGUGGGCGAAGAAUCGGGGGGGGUAGCCUUGUGUGGGUGGACCAAUACGAUGAAAGAAUGUAUUUAUUCUUUGUACGUAUUGAUUUUAUCCUUCAGGUAUGCGGACCAAAUCACGGACAAGCAAGCAAAGCAGAUAGCGAACUCGACAGCGGCAAAGAUAUACAUGUACACUACUCCGUACACUACAGGGAAAUCAUAAUAAGCUUCCUCACCUCACACCCGUCUUUAUCUCCUUCACAGCCUCCACCACAAUGGUGUCGGUCUGGCGAUUGAGGCAUCCCAGCUGGUCAUCCUUCCCAUACAAGCCCCAUGCGGAAAAUGGAGGAUCUCCUUUGUUCAAAGGCACGUCGGUGAAUUUGGGGAGGUUGGCUGGGCGUCCUGUCAUUGUGUAUAUAUAUAUUUCUGAAUGGAAUGAACUUCACUAUGUAUUGGGCGGUGUUGUAUACAUGUACUCCGUACAGUGGUGACUCCUGUGACUUUGUAUAUUUUUCACGUAUAUUCAUUCACCCCCGCAUAUGAGAAAUGGAGUAUGGAGUUUCAUGCAGGGAAUAGCUAGAAAUUCCACGAACUGCUCGGGUAUCGCGGUUCGUUGCCGAACUCAGGGCUGGCGGCUUAUCUUUGGGAAUAAACCACCGCGGUAUUUCUAUGAUUACUAGCUAGCAUCCAUGGACCUGUCUAUAUUAUAAUAAGCCCUAAUAUUCAUUCAUGGUGCAGGGUAGCUAGAUACCGGAGGCGGGGAAUGGAUGUAUGGAGUGAAGUAGUUAUAUUUAUUUGACAGCAUAUAACCCCCCAAUGUGGCAGUGUAAUUCACCAUCCCAUUAUCAAUAUGGUUAAUAUCUUGCAUCUUUAAAUUGAUUCUUUGAAUUGCAAGAUCU